UGAUCCUCCCCCGGAUGGAUUAUUUAUCAAGUGGUGAGUCCCAUGUCGCGAUUUGCGGCAAUUGUGGAUACGGGAUCCAAGACAGCCGCCCGGAAUUAUAUUCUUAAUGUCCUACAACUCCGAUAACGUUAUCAUAACAGAGAAAUUAUGAAGAAAGAAGUCAAUAUGAAGACCAAAGAAUAUCUCUGUAACAGGUGUUUGAGCUAUGCGUGUUGAGGCAGAGGAGAACAAGCCAUCAGGUGAACUUUAUCGUCGUGCGCAAUUAUAGGUUACCAGUAUGCAUUAAUUAUGUUUAUGUUUACUUUAUUAACUCAAUUACUAAAAUGACUCAGAAUUUGAUAAUUCUGUUGAUAUUAUGUAAAACAACAUUUGUUUUUAAUAAGUAAAAUGACCAAAUACAUGCUCAUUGAAAGACAUCGCCUACCUGUCCAAAGAAAUAGGCUUUUUUUCUCUCACUUAGAUGAUGUAUGCAGAUCUCUGUCAAUUCAACGAGAUAUGCUUCUAAAUAGUGGACAUACAUUUGUUAUCUUACUGUAAUGAUCACAGGACUGGAAUUAUAUUGUUAUCUACGAAGAAAAUUGUUCAGGAGUUAAAUAGAGGUUAAACCUCAUCUAGAUGCUGCGUUUAUAAAUACGCAGGAGUUGUCUAGCAGCAGUUAUGGUGGUGGAGAGGACACUGCUUGCCGCAAGGCAGGGGGAUGUACAAACUCUGAAAGUGCAAUUAGCGGAGAAAGUACUGAACAGCGACGUAAAGGACCUUCUCGGAGCCUCACCUGUCCACCAUGCCGCCCGUGCUGGAAAACUGACUUGCCUACGUUUCCUCGUGGAAGAAGCGGGUUUACCGGGCAACAGUUUGGCGAAUAAUGGCGCCAGCCCCGCACACGACGCUGCUGCCACUGGUAACCUGGCCUGCUUACAGUGGCUAUUAACUCAAGGUGGAUGUCGUACAGUGGACCGGGAUAGUUCUGGUGCCACCGUUCUCCACCUCGCCUCCCGGUUCAGCCAUCACGAGAUCACAGAUUGGCUGCUGAAGAGCGGGGAAGCAGACACCGGGGCGUCCACAGACACUGGGGCCCUGCCUGUCCACUAUGCUGCUGCCAAGGGAGACCUGCCCUCCCUCCGUCUCCUGUUGGGACACAGCCCAAAUGUUGUCAAUUCCCAAACAAAGAAUGGUGCCACACCCCUAUACCUGGCCUGCCAGGAAGGUCACCUGGAGGUUGUCCAAUACCUGGUGAAAGACUGUGUGGCGGAGCCAGGCAUCAGAGCCAAUGACGGGAUGACACCUCUGCACGCCGCAGCCCAAAUGGGCCAUAACACUGUCAUCGUCUGGCUGGUGAGUUUCACAGAGAUCAGCCUGUCCGACCGGGAUGGUGACGGUGCCACGGCUAUGCACUUUGCCGCCAGCCGUGGCCACGCCAAGGUGCUGAGUUGGCUGCUGCUGCACGGCGGCGAGAUCAUCACCGACAGCUGGGGCGGAACGCCGCUACACGACGCUGCUGAGAACGGGGAGCUGGAGUGCUGUCAGAUCCUGGUGGUGAACGGCGUGGACCUGGGCAUACGGGAUCAGGACGGCUUCUCCGCGGCCGACCUGGCAGAGUACAACGGGCACGCCCAGUGUGCCAAGUACCUGCGCAAUGUGGAGAACAUGAGUGUGGAGCACCGCGUGCUUUCCAGAGACCCAUCGGCUGACCUGGAGUACAACAAGCAGCCUGACUCAGGUUUGUCGUCCCCCAACAACACCAUGCCCCCAGCGGGGUCGGGGCAGGCCCAGCAACCCGCCCACUUCGACAUGGGCUCGCCCUCCAGCACUCUGUCCAAUUACGACUCGGCCAACUCCAGUCAGUCCAGCACAGGAGGGAAAAGGAGCGGCUCGCCCCCAUCGUCGCGAGCCCCGGCUGGUGGAGGCCCAAUGGAGUCGACCAUCAAUGACAUGCAGACCUACAUGGACAUGCUGAACCCAGACGUAGGGGGUGGAGUUCCCAACAGCAAGGACCCCGCCACCAACGCUGCCACUCAGCAGCCUCCCCCACCCCCGCCAGCCUUUCCACCACCCCCUCCCCCUGACUGCCCCUCCCAACUACCCCCACCCCCCGGCUACCCGCCACCCCAGCCCCCCGAGGACUCAGAUGCCGAGAUCUACUUGAAGGUGAAGAGCAACCUGAGGCAUGUGGAGAAUGAGCAACUGACUCCAGGAGAUCACCACGAUAGGCUGCGUCGGGUGGACUCCAACAGAAAGUCUCGAAACUUCAACAAGCAGCCCAGCACCGGGGACUACUACAAAGCCCUGGGUAGCGACACGGUCGACAACCGUGGGACCAGAGCCAUGGCACCUAACGAGGAGGGUUCUGUGCUAUUGGAGGAGCCAGCCGACAGCCCCGCCCCCAGCCCGGAGAACGGCACCACGGAGGAGUUGUCCCUCCCUCCUCCUCUUCCUCCUCUCCCGCCUCCCCUCCCCAUCAGCAACCCCACCCCGGCACCCCCUCCUCCCCCACCACUGCCCUCGGAAAUGCCCACCUACCAGUACAGCCCAUCCUCAAACACCAACCAGCGACGCCCCUCCUCCUCUUCAGGAAGCAACAAAUCUUUCAACAUGAUGUCCCCCACCGGAGACAACUCUGAGCUGCUGGCCGAAAUAAAAGCGGGGAAGAACCUGAAGCCCACUCCACACAGUAAAGGCUACACCACUGUCUUCUCCAACAGCGGCCCGCCGGGCAACGACGGAGAGAGCACUACGUCCCCGCCCCCGACCCGCACGGUCAGCCCGCCAUCAGCCAAGCCCAUGUCCCCGCCCCCUGCUGCCAGCGCCACUUCGCCACCCACCACCCCCAGCCCGGUUGGCACUGGCACGCCCCGGACCCUCUCCACCUCUCAGAGCAGCGAGCAGCUGCUCAAUGGGAAUGGCAGCGGAGCAGCUUCGGCAUCUAGCCUGAUGGGUCAGACCAGGAAGGGUAGCCUGGCGGACGUGGAGGCCCUCGUGCCCACACACGAUGAGCAGGGCCGGGCCAUCCCCGAGUGGAAGAGGCAGGUCAUGGUACGCAAGCUCCAGGUCAAGAUGCAGGAGGAGGAAGAACACAAACGCAAGGUCGAUGAGGAGGCGGCGCGCCUGGCAUCCAUGCCAGCGUGGCGGAGGGACAUCAUGAAGAAAAAGCUUGAUGAAGAGAAUUCAGUUGGGGAGCAAAAAAGAAAAGAGGAGGAGCGAGCAAAAAAGGAGAAGGAGAGUGAGGAGAAGACGGAGCAGGAGCGACUACGGACCCUGGGUUACGACGAGAGCAAACUGGCGCCAUGGCAACGGCAGAUCAUCCUAAAGAAAGGAGACAUAGCGAAACCGUAGACAUGGCACCCCCAGGUCCUUUCCCACAUCAACCUCCCUGUCCAACCCUCUGCACCUUCAUUGUAAACCCCCCCAACCCAACUACCAUGAAGACCCUAAGUCUUGAAUCAUAUACACUAGCUUACUUUACGUCAAGUUGUUUAACAUGACACUUUGUAGAAAGUUUCCACACAUUACCGUACACUACCACAACCUUGCUCAAUGUUGGGCUCUCUUGUGGAGCAUUGUGGGAAAAGUACUUUUUUACUGUGGUGAUUACAUCUGUCAUGGCUAAAUGUCCAGCCAUUUUUCCUAAAUGUCAUCUGUUUUCCUUGCAUCUGCCACACCCACUACUUACAUUGAUAACUGAGCUCUUAAACUCAACUGUUGUAGGCUACUGUAUGUUUGCUUUUAGUAUGGAAAGUGUCAUGGUCAACGUAAUAAGCAACAGCUUGUUAAACAUAACCUCCACUAAAGUGUAAUUCAGAGUGCAAUGACGCAGCGAUGCAAUAGUCCGGCAUCCCAUUGUGACAUAGCUACGAGGCUCUGAGGCCACCGUCUGCGGGGGGCGUACAGCCCAAAUGCGAACCUCCCCCAUAAUUCCCAACCAACGCGGCUCGUCGUACAUGUCCUCUAUUCAUUUGAAUGUGUUGAUAGUUGGAGAAAUUGCUUGAGCUGUGCUGAGAAUUUGAAACGGAGGAAAGCCAACGGUCCAAUAUUCUAGAACACUGCUGUGUGUACACAUACACGUUUUGGACUCCGAUAGAUGCUUAAGACUUAAAUAUUUGUUUUGCUAUGACAGCAGGCAUUUCUAUACUGCGUAUAUCCUAAUCUGCAUUUAAUGCACAAAGACAUGGAAUCAGGCCAUUCUACGUAAGGAUGCUAUUUCUCACCGAGCCCAUCUGAACUGCAGAGAUAUUAUUGAAACAGAUGGGAAAUUGAUAGAGGUCCCUCCUUUACAUGUUGUAAUUUUUUUCAGUGGACAUGAAUAUCAUGGUUUUUAACUGCAACCAUAAACAUUUUAAAAAUGGGUUUAAUUUAGCUAGUUCUGGAAAGCGUAAUUUAAAUAACGUAUCAUCUUAAAUGAAUAAUUAAUACAUUGAGCAUAUAACCCUUUUUUAUUUUUUUCAAUUAAUGUCGCUAAAUGUUAAGUUAUUAUGAUCAUGGUGAAUUGUUUGUGUCUUGCAUAUUGUGUCUUAUGGAUGUCAUCAUUGUCUGAACACCCCAGACCACAUUUCACAACCACGCCAAGAAAUAUCCAUGCAACUUUGAAAAAAGACUAUUUAGCAAAUCUCUUGAGUUCAACAAGCAAACAUGUUUUUUUUUUAAAGUGAUCUGGAAAAUAUUAGGGGCACAAUUGUAACAGAAGUCUGACCAGCAAACUGAAUGUUGCAAAAGUCCCCAAAAUACAUCAGUGACUCCUGUCCUGUGACCUAUAUCUGGUUUGCCCCAGUAAACCUUGGAAGUUAAUAUUUUAUGAGCAGAUCCCUUUACUAGAGGAGAAUGUUCUCCCCCCCCCCUCUCUCCUCUGUGUGUGUGUCUGAGAAACACAAGACCUCUUGGAUACCCUUAUUCUUUGUGUGUUCUCCGGCUAAAAUUAAACACUCCUUCAAUUAUGUUGCUGUGUAUAAUACCAUUAUGUGGAUCACAGGAAAAUGUUGGCUUUCUAUUCUUUCUCAUUGUUUUCCUAUUCACCUACAUUAUUAUUUUCAAUCCACCUACAGGUUUUAAUUUAGGAAAAUUUUGUUUUUUUUGUUGCCAGGGGACCAAACUAAAGGUAUCUCGGGCAUCAUCUUUCUCAGAAAUGACCAUAGACGCAUUGUAGGUUUUAUAGGUUGGUAGACUGUGCACUGUAGUUGUUGUGGCUAGAGUUGUUGGACCUCAGAAAUGUGCCAGAUGUGUCUUUCUGAAUGUGUAUAUAACAAAUAUAUGGGAACCCCUCAAUGUCAGAAAAUGUGCUGUAGGUUUACUUUGUAUAUUUUGGGUGUAUCAAACAUAUACAUUACAUACAUAAUAUAUUAGGAAGUGCAUGGUCCUUUGUUGAGAAAUCAUUUGGAAAUAUUCAAUUCAUUGGAUGCCAUAUUGAUGUUGAAAUUUAAAACUAUGUAAACGUCAUUGCCAUUAGAAGAUUUUCUAUACAUAAAUACUGUAUAUAGUAACCCUCAAUACUUGUUUCAUUGUUCCAAAAUUGCAUGAUAUUACAAUUCUCAGCCUUGCUUACAUAGAUUAUUGCUUCAUUAAUGUAAAACUAUAUUUUCAGACUGUCAAAUGGAAUUAAAUAAAUAAAUUACAAUUUACUGCAA